AUGAAGAUUAGCAUGCUCAAGAAGACAUUAACUUUCAAACUCUUACAGGCUCUUAUAAGUAUAAAUGAAGACCAGACUUAUGAAGGCUUCUGCACACAGCUUCAGACAAUGAAUGACUAUUCCAUGUACACUCAGAUCCUCAGCCAUUCUCAAUUGCAGAUCCUCAGCCAUUCUCAAUUGCCAAUCCUCAGCCAUUCUCAAUUGCAGAUCCUCGGCCAUUCUCGAUUGCCAAUCCUCGGCCAUUCUCGAUUGCCAAUCCUCGGCCAUUCUCGAUUGCCAAUUCUCGGCCAUUCUCGAUCACCACCCUGA